GUGGCACGAUUUUGUCUGGAAGCUACCUUCCUCUCGGAUUGGAGAGCGAGUUGAUAUCCUAAAGUUGCGAGAUUUUAUUUAAAGUGGAGUAAUGGAAAUUCAGGAAAAAGUGACUACUUCAGAAGUUGAGAAGAAAGGAUGCAAUUACCUGGUGAUUCAAGUAUGGGGCCGGCGGAGGAAAAAGUAAGGGAGGAGGAGGUUAUGGUGGCGAAUCAGAUUUCGAUGGUUGAACGAGUUAACUCAGCGGUUGCAGAGGCUAACUCGUUCAGGAAGGAGUGCAACCGAGUUGGGUACUUAGUGGGUACGUUGAAGCCGAUGUUCCAGAAUCUGAACGAUUACAUCGCCGGUGCUCAGAUCCUAUACGAGCGGCCCAUUGUCUGCAUAGUCGCUGAAGUCUCCAAAAACCUCGAGCGAGCACUGGCCCUGGUCCGGAAGUGCAAGCGAUGGACCCGAUUUCGCCGGUUCGUCAUCGGCAAUCGUACAACGGAUUUUUCCAGAAUCUUCACUCUUUUGGAAUCUUCAAUUGCUAAUUUGAAUUGGUUGCUCAACCUCUUCGACCCAUACACCGGCUGUGCCACCGGCGAAUGGAAUCUAUCCUUGCCUCCAAUCGCAAUCCAUGACCCCGUUCUUUCAUGGGUCUGGUCGUUCAUCACCACCCUAAAAAUGGGUAAACUGAAAAAUCGCAUCGAGGCCGCUAACAAUCUUGCUUCGCUUGCACAAGUAAACGAGAGGAACAAGAGAAUAAUCGAGAAAGAAGGCGGAAUCCCUCUUCUGGUAAAGCUUCUCAGAGACACAUUCCCGCCGGAGGCGCAAAUUGCGGCGGCUAAUGCACUUUAUAUUCUCUCAGAUGACCAAGAGAGAGUGAGGGCUAUUAUGACCGGUGGCGGAAUUCCAGCAAUCGUUCAUCUAUUGAGGGCUUCCCCCAUCAGGGUUCAGAUCCAGGCGGCGAGUCUGGUUGCGAGACUAGCGGAGAAGUAUCCCCAGGCGCAGGAGGCUUUCGCAGAGGAGCAUGUGGUUGCUCCGCUGGUGAAAUUGUUGUCUUUUGAGUUAUCGCCCGAACUACUCAUCCCACAAUUUAAGCAUAAACAGAGCAUUUACUCUGUUUAUGAGAUGAACAAGAAAAUCAACAAACACAACGCCGCCGGGCUCAAUUCGGAGAUUGACAGUCGGUACACCAAUUUGUUCUUAAAUUGGUUGUUCGAGGGGAGUAAUCGCGCUAAAAUGCAGAAGAAAGAGUGGGAAACGGCGAAACCGGAGGUAAAACUCCAGCUGAAGCUUAAUUGUUCAAAAGCUUUAUGGGUGCUUGCGCGAGAAAACGAAUCAAUUAGCAAAAAUAUAACAGAGAGGAACGGAUUGAUGUGCUUGGCGAAGUUAAUAGAAAAGGAAAGGAAUGAAUUGCAGUUAAAUUGCUUGAUGAUUGUUAAGGAGAUAGCAGCCACCGCUGAACAACAAGCGAAUUUCAGACGUUCGGCGUUUAAGACUAAUUUACCGGGUGUCAGAGCCGUCAUUGAUGAGCUAUUGAGGGUGAUCAAAGAAUCAGCGGAUACUGAGUUGCAGAUUCUGGCAAUCAGAUCGAUUGGGUCUAUGGCUAGGAUUUUUCCAGUGAGAGAGAUUCGAGUGAUUGAAUCUCUGGUGGCGCAGAUUAGAAACAAGCACCACGAAGUGGCUGAGGAAGCUGUUAUCACGUUGCAGAAGUUCGUCUGUGGAGAUAAUUUUCUUCGAUCGGAGCAUUCGAAUUCGAUAAUCGAGUUAAAUGGUGUUCCGGUUCUAAUGCGAUUGAUUGGAAAGGCGAGUCAGCAGGCGAAAGUUCUGCUCGGCUACCUUUAUGACAGCCAGACUCUCGAACGAUGCUUGUGCACUGAGAUGGAGGAGAAAAUUGGCAGCGCGCGGUGGACAAAUUCCAAAGCAUCGUCCAUCGGCCCAAACAUGGAGCCAGGAUGGUCCGUGUCCGAAAGCAAGACCAAAUUUCCUGACGACCUUCUUCGCUUUACCACAGUAAUUGGCCCUUGCAGUUGCACCUGCUCUGGUCUCCUCUUCAUCCUUGCAAAACUCAACAAAACCCCCGAUUUCCAAGAACACUGCUCGUGGUUUAGUUCCUUAUUUGCAACAGGCCUAUACAAGGAGUGCAUACUUAAAAUGGUUUGGAGAGGGAUUAGUUUUGAAGCGCUAAUAAGUUUGUCAGCAAACACUCUAUCCUUCCAAAUCAGAAUAGAAACUUCUAGAAAUAGUAGAUAUAACUACUGGGGGAGUGUACUAACAAUGCGAACUAUAAGCCAUCGAAUUAGGUAUUGGAAAUGAUAUGUAUAUUGAUCCAGGUAAUAUGAUGAGUAAAGUACACGCUGUUUGUUAAUCAAUUGAGACGAACGCGCGAUCGGUCGAGAGGCAGAAUGAGAGGGCCUCAUUUUCUGUUGUACCGCAAGUUUCUUCUUGCUUUUCUUUCUUUUAAUUUGGACUAUUGUGUCAUCAAAAAGAGAAAAAAUUGGACUCUUGUGG